UCCAAAGGUCAGGGGAGCUGAGGCCCAUGUUGACAGGCGGGACCAGCGUGGAGCGGGGUGGUCGGACGGCAGGGGCCAGGGCCGGCGGAGGGGGCAUGCGGUGCUCAUUGAGGGUGUGGGUUCUGCUGGGCUCCCUGGGCCUCGUCUUUCUCACCUCCCUCUUCUUCUCCAUCUCUCUGAGGGGGGGCGUUGGCCUGCCCUACCUGGAGCCCCCCGGGUGGGAGAAGUCCAGCCGAGUAAAGCUAGUGCCCAACUACUCUGGUGUCCACCAGCUGGGCCCACUGGAGAGCACCCAGCAGCAGAAGACAUGUGCCUGUCCCCGCUGUGUGGGGGACCCUGGGGUGUCGGACUGGUUUGAUGAGAACUACGACCCGGACAUCUCCCCUGUGUGGACACGGGACAACAUCCAGCUGCCUUCAGACGUCUACUACUGGUGGGUGAUGCUGCAGCCUCAGUUCAAGCCCCACACUAUCCAGCAGGUGCUGUUGCGACUGUUCCAGGUGAUCCCUGGCCGCUCCCCCUAUGGCUCCUGGGACCCCGCCCGCUGCCUGCGCUGUGCCGUGGUGGGGAACUCUGGCAACAUGCGCGGGGCCGGUUACGGACCCACCAUAGACAGCCACAACUACAUCAUGAGGAUCAACCUGGCCCCCACGCUGGGCUAUGAGGAGGAUGCAGGCAGCCACACCACCCACCACUUCAUGUACCCAGAGAGUGCCAAGAACCUGGCAGCCAAUGUCAGCUUCGUCCUGGUGCCCUUCAAGACCCUGGACCUGCUGUGGAUCACCAGCGCACUCUCCACUGGACAGAUCCGCUUUACCUACGCCCCUGUGAAGCAGUUUCUACGGGUGGACAAGGACAAGGUUCAGAUCUUCAACCCAGCCUUCUUCAAGUACAUCCAUGACCGCUGGACCAGGCACCAUGGACGCUACCCUUCCACAGGCAUGCUAGUCCUGUUCUUCGCUCUGCACGUGUGUGACGAGGUGAAUGUGUUUGGCUUUGGCGCUGACAGUCGAGGCAACUGGCACCACUAUUGGGAGCAGAACCGCUACUCUGGAGAGUUCCGGAAAACAGGGGUGCAUGAUGCAGAUUAUGAGGCCCUGAUCAUUGACUCGCUGGUUAAGGCUGGCAAGAUCACCAUCUUCCCAGGAAAGUGACGAGGGCUGAAGGUGUGGUGGGCUGGACAGGUUUACAGGAACACUAGAACACCCAUCACCACAAGGCUUUUUGAUGUUGUCAUCUGCUUCUUUGUGCUUUGCAUAGAGAGGGAUCCAAAACAGUACAUUAUACAAUGCCUGCUAAUCAUGUUCCCAUUGUGCAGGAUGGUAAGAUGAUGGUGGUUUUGGGUCGAACUACAUGUGAUUACACUCUGCCCCCAACAGGCCUACUACCUCCAUAGAAACGACAGAACUAUAAAGGGGGCAGAUAAGUCUGGCCUAGCCACUGUAUGGACCUGUGAACCAGUCCCAUCCACGAUCCCCCCUCUUGCUCAGCCGUUGGGAGUUGAGUCAUCACACGCCUUGGGGGUCUCACGCCCAGAGACUCAGUCCCCUCCCACUCUGUCGCCCCCACCGUAAAUACCAUGACAACCAGUGAUGGUCACUGAGCUAUCCCUGCCAUGUCCACACUCACCUGCAGAGCUGCUGCUAAAGCCCUCUCGCUAGCCACACCUGCAUGGAGCUAGGAGUACUAGGUAAUUGAAGUUUACAUGCUUUCAAGCCCAGAGGCUACUUCAAAAUAAGAGUCCCUGUUGUAAUUACAUGACUAUCAUCUUGAAGGUAUGUACAGCCCACAGGGAUUUGACCACAUAUACGGUAUUAACCGUUUUAUUUGUGUUAACCAUUUUAAGUGACUAAUCAUACUGCUGAUUAGGUAAAUUGGGGAGAGGCUUACACACAGUCAACAACACAAGCAGACACAGACACAAACACAAGCUGACAUACAGAUAAGAAUUAAACCACUCACUCAUUCACACAUAUACUGUACAGUGCCUUCAGAAAGUAUUGCAGCCUGAAUUCAAAAUUGUUUUGUUUUUUUAAAUAUCACCAAUCUACACAUAAUAGCCCAUAAUGACAAGGUGAAAAUAUGUUUUUCGAUAUUUUUUCAAAUUAAUUGUAAAUGAAAUAUAGAAAUAUCUCAUUUGCAUAAGUAUUCACACCCCUGAGUCAAUACAUUUUAGAAUAACCUUUUGCAGGG